AUGCAAAAUACUCGCCUUUCACGGUUGCUCAGAGUUUAUAUUUUCGAGUACGAACUCAGCGGAUCUACACUGGAGAGGAUUGAAUCAGUCCGUGACCUCGGAGUGAUCCUGACGAGCAACCUCAGUCCUGAUGAUCACGUAAUUUCAAUCGCGUCAAAGCCUUCUCGGGUGCUGGGAUUCAUCAUGACACCUUCAAUGAGAGAAUUAAGCAUUGGUGCCAUGAAAACUGUGUUUAUGUCUUUAGUAAGAUCUGUACUGGAGUUCAGAAGGCUUGUGUUGUCCUCCUACCAACUUGGUCAGAUCCAAGGAUUCCAGAAGACUCAGGUGAAGUUCUUGCGUGUUGAAGGACUGAAGAUUGGCUACAACUACUGA